UUCGUUCGAUCGAAGUGGGCACAUGUUCUGAUUUCUUCGUUCAAUAUAACACCUGGUAUUUUAAAAAGUUAAUUGAGCUUUAUGUCGCAACGUAUUAAGUAUAUUGAGUCAUAUUUUGCAGUGAACAAAAUUGCCUUGAGACCUCUGAUGUAUCGUUUACAAAGGUCGAAAAAAACUGAAAACAUAACAAUAGUAAAAUCAAACCCGAGAGGGGACAGUUAAAACUGGGGAAGACUGGUACGGAUUACGAAGCGCGAAUGUACAAACAAUAGGGCCAAUUUUUGAACAGAGCUUUAACAAAUUUAUAGACUGAUUUGGUAUGCGCCUAACACAGACUAAAACCAUAGUAUGAACCCACUGUUAAAGGCAUAUGACUAGGUUUAGAUGUUUUCCCACGCAAAAGCAGUAUAUACCUUUGACUUCGCCAGUGCAUACAGAUUCUAUCUUAAGAGGGAAAAUAUAAGGAGUACUUUACUAAGUAAUUAGCAAGUGAUUUGCAAGUUAGGUGUGCUGAUUUUAAGGCAUAUUAUACGAUGGUCUCAUCUCAAUUCAAGAAGGGAGAUAACUAUUUUUCUACCAGACUGCUCACAACAUUUAGAAGCUCCAAGAGUACAAUAGUUAAAAUUGCUACAUCAUUGACAUUAGUGCGGCCUUAAAUGGUGUAUUGUCCAGCCCCCCCUUCCCCCCUCUGUCGGUCUUGUGGCAAAGCUGCGUGCAUCAUUUUGUCCUCGUCUGAAAACGAAUGCCAGCUGCCCUAGGCCGGCUUGUUCUUCUCUAAUAGCUUCUAAUGUGACCUUCGAUCACUAUCGAAAGGCUUUUCAGUAUCAGGCCACGCGCUUCAGAUUCCAGCGCCUUCUUGUGUUGAUUCAAUCGGGAAUAACACUGAGUUUACUCGACAGUGUUGUUAUUUCUUGCAGGACUUUCCCGCGCAUACCGCUUAUCACGCCGCCGGAGCCGCUCUGAAGACGCAUUGGCAACACAGAAUGGCCGCCGUUCAUCAUUUAAGCUAAGUGUAAGUUUCCUGUCAUGGAGACCUAUUCAUGUUUAUUCACCAUGUACCGCAAGACUUUUGAGCCAUACCAACAUUUACAAUUACCAGUCGUCCUAUAUUAAUAAGUGCUUUCUCUAAGGCGCCAUGUUAACUGAAUGCUAUAGGAUUUUUUUCAGCUCCCUUGGCAAAUUUUAAUGCUUGGGGAUAAUUUUUUUUACUCUUCGCUUUUGCCAUUUCGUAAGAGCUAUGCGAUAACUUAUCCCUCUAAAAUUCUAAAGGGAAAUGACACAUUCAUAUAAAUCUUUGUUACAGUACUCUCGAGGGUACUUCUUAUCAACCAGAUAUGUGAUAAGUUCUAAUAUAUUUAAGGGUUCUUUUGUGCCAUCCACCUGGUUGUAUACGACGUAAAAGUGAAUGAACAUUUAUGUCAGUACAUUGUCGAAUGGGCUAAUGACGAAAACAAUAAACGAAAUUGUCGAUAACAGGGCACUGUGAUAUUUUACCGCCAAUGUCUAACUUAAGAACACAGUUACGGCACCGUAAGUCGUGGAAACUACUGAACGAAAAAUGUUGCUGUGGUGUUGCACCAAUUUAAUUGGAAUUGCAAAUUUGUCCAGUGGGUAGUAAUAGCUUAAGAGAUAGCAAUCUAGAAAUUGUAUUGUUCUGUGCUAAAAUGUGGCACGGGACCUAAUGGUUUUUAUGUCAAAUUACCAUAAUGUAAUUAUAAAGUUUAGCUGUGCUUAGCUUUAGGCCAUCUUUAUGUGUCUUUUGUUGUCGUCUUUUCCGCUUAUGUUAUGAUUUCCCACGUCAGUUACCGUUGAGAAUAUCAAAUUAUUUUCCAAACGACGAAAUCCCUUCAAUCUUUUUGGCUUUUUUCCUUAAAUCUAAACCGACCACUCAAGUGUUAGGUGGAUUUUUUCUGCUGUCAUCCGCUGUCAAGAUUAACUGAAAAGCUAGACAAAUUUGUGCGUAAAUCUUUCGGGAUUUUUCGUUGACUUCCUUUCCGUUUCCGUUUUUGUCUGUUAAAUUUCAAUAGCGAAACAUAAAUGCCUUAACAGCUUAUUUAUUUUGAAUUUCACCUCCGGUUUGCUCACGGUCAAAGCCUGGACCUGACUGUUUCUCAGCAUUUCUUCAAACAGGCGCGGCGUGGUAAACAAGGCAUGCAUUGAAAUUUAUAAUAACACAUCUUCCUGUGACUUUGAGACAAUAAUCACGCGACUGUCAACUGAUCUAUAGCCCGACAAAAUUUGGCCACGUAACAAAUUCUAUACUGUACAAUUUCACUUUAAACUGUAUGUCUGAGGACAUUUCCAAGAAGAUUGCUGAUGGGAUAAGAUCUCAUCGUUCAAGGACUUUGUUUUUACCAGGAGCCAGCAAUGAUGAUGGUGGCUUUUCGACUCUGAGUCCGCCGCCCAUCCCAAGAUGGAGAUCACACGAAGGACUGGAUAACAAAAUGAAAACAACAUCAGACAGCGUGGACCUAUCGAUCAGUGGUCACGUGACAGUCCGCCCUAUCCAUCCCAGCAUUCUCUCGAGGCAGCAUUGUUUCCAAGUAACCACGCCGCAUGAAACCAAGUACUUCUCGUGUCGAAGUUCGCAGGAGCUUGAGAAAUGGGUUGUAAGCAUCAAGAAGUCGAUCCAACCGACAAGAGAUGUACAGUAUAGGACGGAUAUCGGUUUGACAGUAUGGAUUGUAGAGGCAAAGGGACUCACUGACAAACCAAAGCGACGGUUUUAUUGUGAGCUGUUUUUCGACAAGGUCAUCUACGCUAAAACGUCUUCCAAGACCAAAUCAGACAUUCUCUUCUGGGGAGAAAAUUUUGCUUUCAAUGAUUUACCUGAAGUCAAGACCAUUACGGUGCAGAUCUACAAGGAAAGUGAUGGCAAAAACAAGAAGGAGAAAAGAAAGCCUGUUGGUUCCGUGGAUGUUGCGGUCGACUCGUUAGAUAUGGGUGUGGAGGUGGAGAAAUGGUAUCCUGUUACCAUGGAGAGCAACAAGACUAAUGGAGGGGAAUCGUCGAGCAUAAGACUCAGGUUUAAAUAUCAGAAAGUCUCAAUUCUUCCUGUCAAGUGUUAUAAUGAACUGUCAGAGUAUUUAAAGCGUAACUACAUGACAGUUUGUAAAGCCUUGGAGCCAGUUGUCAGCGUUAAACAAAAGGACGAGAUCUCAAGAGUGCUUUUAAGAAUACUACAAGCCUCUGGAAAAGCGACAGAGUUUCUAGCAAGUGUCGUCAUGGAGGAAGUCAAGAAUCUGGAGGAUGAGAACCUUGUAUUUCGUGGUAAUUCCUUUGCCACAAAAGCCAUGGAUUCCUACAUGAAAAUGAUUGGUGAAUCGUAUUUACAGGAAACCCUCGGAGAGUUUGUUCAAUCUGUGUACGAGUUUGAAGAUGACUGCGAGGUUGACCCAUCCAAGAAAACAUCCGGGAACAUCGAAUCCAAUAAGGAAAACCUAAAAACGUUCGUCGAGAAAGCCUGGAACCAGAUCAUGUGUUCAGCCUGCCUCUUUCCCAGUGAUCUUCGAAUAACAUUCCACGAAUUUCGCCGCUGGUGUGAGGGAAGAAGUGAGGAUCUGAGUACCAAAUUAAUCAGUGGAUCAAUUUUCCUCCGAUUUUUGUGCCCGGCAAUUCUGUCGCCAAGUUUAUUUCACCUAGUGCAAGAAUAUCCAGAUGAAAGAACGUCAAGAGCUUUAACACUGAUUGCCAAGGUGGUGCAGAACUUGGCCAAUUUCACCAGGUUUGGUGGUAAGGAAGAAUAUAUGGGCUUCAUGAAUGGGUUUGUGGAAAAGGAAUUUGUAAACAUGAGGAAGUUUCUUGAGGAAAUAUCAACAAUAACAGACACAACUGAAAACCAUUAUGAAGGAAUCGUCGACAGUGGACGGGAACUCGCUCUUAUGUUUGAUAUCUUAAAAGAUCAGACCAGUAAGAUGAAUCAGGAUGCCGUGGAGACACUUCGCCCGUUACAGUUUAUUCUCAAAUCACUCCAAGAGAUUUAUCACGAUUCUGAGAGAAAAUUCGCUCUUGGCAAUGAGAGCCUCUUGGCGCACAGAAAAUGGGCGUCAUCUUCAGACCUUGUGAGUGACCAAGACAAGAAUAACAUCACUCUGACUCCAGUCUCACAAAUCAGGAUCAUGAAGUCUCCCAAUAAAAGGAAAACAAAGCCCUCAAACGAUACAUCUUCGGAGACAAACCCUGUUUAUAACGGCAGCACGCCGUCUACGGCUCCUGAACAGUUAAUGGUCCCUCGUUAUGAUAAGUCGGUCCUCUCGCCCAUCUCCGAUACAGAUCCUUCUGAUUCGCCGAGAAAACGGGUAUCGUACGAAGAUGAUUUACAAAGCAGUCUUCGUAGGCGAUCAUAUCGGAGGGCGAUCGCAUCCGAAGAUUCUGGCAACGUGCUUCCGGGUGCGGUCGAUCGCGAUCGCAGUUCGUCGGAAAGACGUCCAGCGACAAAAAAAUCGGAUUCACGUCGUCGGUCGCGCUCGGAGGGGCCGUUGAUCAUUUCGAGUGUAGAUGGCGAGAAUGCUGGUGACGCUCGAGUGAUUUACCAAGGAGAAAUAUCAAACUCUACGUCAAGUUUAAGGGAAUCAGAUAGCCCAAGGCAAAAACAGUUAAGGACGGUUGCUGAAUCACGCCACCAAAGCUUACCCCGAAGAUAUUUGCCCGUUAAUACCUCUCCCGUUAUAACGGAUCGAUCUCGGACUUCCUCGCCCGAGACAACGUCACCUCCCAGACCAACCACUCCAAAGCCGCCGCCCCCACUUUCGUCAGUUGAUUCGCCUCGCUCUUCACCUCGCUCGAGUAGCAGCUCGACAAAGUUUCUGAACCCUGCUGCAGGUCACGUGAUUCGUAGCCCGUCGCGGACCAGCAGCAGCUCCAGUGGAAGCGAAGAGAGCUGGCACAGUGUUGCCAGCAGCUUUGAGGGAGGAAAGAGAAGGAUGCGGAAGAUGCCUCGGACACCCAGUCCGGUGGACAGGAUACUAGGUUCAGGCACACCUUGGGAAAGAAUGGCACCUAAAGCUGAGGACGAAUUUGCUAAUGGCUGUGACAUUCUACCGCCAAAGACAGUAGCAGAGUACGAGAAAGAACUUUCAGACCUCCGUGAAGAGCUGUUAGAAACAAAGAGAACUUUGGCAUCUACACAUGAACAGCUUAUCUUACAAGAAUCCAGCACUCACAAGCUAGUGGCCUCUUUCAAGGAGAGACUAGCAGAGAGCGAAAACAACCUUCAACAACUGCGACAGGAAAAGGAUAAAGAAAUGAAAGAGUUGCUGGAUCGUUUGGUGAGCGUAGAAAGUGAGCUGCGCAAAGAGCAGAAAGAAAUGCAAGAAGUCAUCCACGCAAAGCAGGUCAUUAUAGAGGCUCAGGAGAGAAGGAUCAAGUCAGUUGACUCGAACAAUGCUAAGUUAAUCGCUACGCUGAACCAGGUCAGGGGUUCACGGACAAACAGCAAAGUGCUGAAUUACCCUAGCAGUGACUUGUAGUCGGUGAAGCUUUGAGUUGUUGAUCUUUGCAAGAAUCUGUCUUGGUCUCAGAAACAAAGACCGACAUAUCAAGAACAGGAAUGGUGUCGAUGAACGUUCGAAGAAGUCUCGGAGGAGAAGAGAAGAAAAACAUUGGGAAAGACGUUUCUUGCCAUAAGAACAGUCUCGUUUCCAGAGCCUUCUCUUAUUCCGGCAAAUUAAAGCAAAGGCCCUGGAGCUCCGCCAUCGAGGAUGUCAGAGAGAAUGUACUACAUCCGCUGAGUUGUACAGACGCAUAUGAAAAAUUUCCCUUUCAAAAUUUUGGAUGGUCUCUGACAAAACUUUUAGACUCAUUCCGAAAUCUCAAAUGUAAAGAGAAUUUAUAAGUUAAUUUCUUGGCUUAGUCAGACUUGAUCUGCUUUGAAAUCAAGUGCAGCAUAUUGCAAAAGUUUUCAAUAAGAUUUACGUUUAGGAAGUUAAAAAUAAAUUAGGCUUUAUUCUGGAAUAAGAGGUAAAUUCAAGAGAGGAUAUUUUUACUCUCUUGCUAAAAUUAUUUAUUUAUCAAGAAAUACUUUUGAGUCGUUAUUAUAAUUAUUUUUUUGUACUAUAGCAUAAAUUCAUGCAUGUGCCCAAGUGUUUGGAACUGUCGACUGAGGUGGCAUAAGCAAAUAUUACGGUCUGAAUCAAUAGGAAAUAGAAACCGACUUACAGCGAUUAUCAGUGCUUAGUCUUUCUGUUUUACACUACAAAUACUUGAAGGAAAAUAAAAAUCAAGGAGGAUCAAAAGUCAAAUUGAAGAACUUAGAAUCUGAACAAACAGUCAGAGAAAAAAAGGAGUUAUCAAAGAGAGAAGAUGGUAUAGAGAGCCACAUAUACUCCCUUUUUAUAUCAUGUUAGCUUAAAUUAAUUUAAAGACUGCGUAUAAUUGAUACCUUGAUAAAGUUAAUAAAAAGCCCACUACAGGGAAAUUUGGUUGAAGUUUGAUUUUUAACCUAACCCAUGAUAUUGAACUUAUUUCACAGUAUUUGGGGGGCAGCACGAUGCUCGAAGCAAAAAGCCAAGCGCGAAGCGCGACUUUCUCGUGGCUAAGUGUUCUCGAUCUGGCAAAAUAAUCUGUCUCACCCUCUGGUGGUAAUAAAAUGACCAGAGAUGCAAAUACAAUUUGAGGUAACGUCAGAGAUAUGGAACCAGGAAAAAAAAAACCAACAAAAACGGCAUAAAGAAAAUAAAGAUCGACAUUAUCAUUAUUCAGUUCCCUCUGAAGUUCUUGUUUUCACAUUAUAGCGUCACGGGGCCGUUGUUCCAUUUUCCACUUUCAGCAUUUUCGUUAUUCUUAUGCUCGCCGCUUCUUUGACGUGGUCGAGAGACCGAAAUCUGGGCCAAGUUUUCUUAAGUUUGCUAAUCGGUUCCAUGAUUUGAUUGGGCCAACACCUCUAGCUAUACUGCGUCCCCGCACAGGCCAACCACUCUAUGUGUUGGUCACAUGGUGUGGAAUUAAUUAAGCUGGGACGCAAGUUACACAGUGAGACUUUCAAAACAAAGGAAAGUCUGGCUGGACUGGUACGAGUUCCUUU